AUGCCUAGUGAUUUUAAAUUCCCGACAGGUUCGGUAUUCUUGCGGGCGGUGGCUAGAAUAUGGCCGCAAAUGGCGAGCGGCUACCGUUGGGCAUUGGGCAAUUGUUUGACAUGUCGAUUCUGGCUUGACACCCAACAAUUGCUGAUCAAGGCCACCGUGGGCAUUGUUCCUUCAGAUAUGUUGUCGAAGCCGCGGCCAUGCCGCCACAAGCUCGCGCCGACUGGGAUCGCCGGUCUGAGGCUAACUAGUAAUGAGAACUUCUCGACCAAGUCUGCCUACAAUCUUUUAGCCGGUCACGAACCUCUUGCGUACCACCUCGACCCGGCGACAAUCGAGCAGGAGGAAGACGAAGACGAGGACGGGCUGCCGCGUAGAUCUCUCUACUGGAAGUGGCCGGGUCGGAGGAGGUACUACAUUUCGUACGGGGCGCUCUCGGCGAAUCGGGUCCCCUGCCCUGCCCGAUCUGGCAGAUCGUACUACACGCACAACUGUUUCCGGGCACACGGGCCGGUGAACCCUUACACCAGGAGCUGCUCAGCCAUUACACGAUGCAGGAGAUGA